GGACAGGUUCCUCGGUUGCUGUCUGGACGAGUCUUGCGAUCCCCAACUCGUGUUCCCUCUGAAGUCAAUGCCGGGCGGGCAGUGAAAGCCCUUAUAAUGUUUUAUGAUUUGAAUCUUCCGUAUGGCUCGGAUGAUCCCGAGAUUGCCCCUACCUUAAGCUUUCUUGCAGAACUUGGUUACACCACCGUCGCUCUCUCCCAAACCGUUAGCGGAAAGCUGCCUCCGAAUCCUACUCCCCCACCAGCCCCGAAGAAUGCGCCCAAAGGCCUCACGCUCCUCACCCGCCUGAACCUGACCCUCUCCGAUCCGACGCAGAAUCAGCGACUGACCAGCCUGACUCAGGCUUAUGACCUGGUCGCGCUGCGGCCCACCAAUGAAAAGGCGCUUCUGAAUGCCUGCACCAACCUCGACUGCGACAUCAUCUCGUUGGAUCUCUCCGUGCGACUACCCUUCCACUUCAAGUUUAAGAUGGCCUCCGCCGCGAUCUCACGGGGGGUACGGUUUGAGAUUUGCUAUGGGCCGGGGGUCACGGGGAGCGGUUUGGAUGCUCGGCGAAACCUCAUCGGCAACGCGAUGUCCUUGAUCCGUGCCACGCGGGGUCGAGGCAUCAUCGUGUCCAGUGAGGCCCGGCGGGCGCUAGCCAUUCGGGCACCGUGGGAUGUGAUCAACCUGGCGUGUGUAUGGGGACUUUCACAGGAGCGCGGCAAGGAGGCGAUCUGCGAGGAGACCCGGAAGGUGGUGGCGUUGGCCAAGCUGAAGCGGACCAGCUGGCGGGGGAUUAUUGAUAUUGUGGAUGGGGGGGAUGUGGUCAAAGUCGAUGCUAAGACUGACGUAUCAGCCAAGUCACAGGCCAAGGACGAUGCCAAGGGUGAUGGCCUGAAGAGGAAGGCUUCCGUCGGAUCGGAGCAAACUGGCGAGGAGGCGGAGAAGCCGUUGUCCAAGCGGGAGAUGAAGCGACGGGCCAAGAAGGCUCGGUUGGAGGCUGCUGGGGCGUGAGAUGGCCGUGAACUCUAUGUGUUACCGGAGUAAGGGCGAUCUCGGAUCCACAUUCUUGCCAUCGUGGCUGCAGACGCAGCAACCUGAUGCGGCUAUGCCAGCCCUGAGUCAGACUGGAAGUCUGAUACAGUCAGGGACUCGAGCUCCCAUCCAUCUGAGCUGAUACUGCAAGGCAUAUUACUUAGGUAUGCUCUUGCUGCUCAUCACGCAGUGAUUUCCAGACCGGCAGCCGUAGGCACAUGGCUAUGCCAGUAUACCAUCACUAGUUCUACUUUGUGUGAACCCUAUAUAGCUAUCACAUUUGAGCAACACAAGAUAUACAAUCAAUCUCAAUCAGAUAACGAAUCAAUAUCAUGCUCAC